CCUUUCCCACAAGACACAUACGAGUAAUGCCUGACUAUAUCUAUUUCUGUGGUUAUUUGUUACAUCUGCAGUGGUACAACCAUUUGCUGUAGAAAACACUGGAGAUAGUACCAUCUCCUUUCCCACAAGACACAUACGAGUAAUGCCUGACUAUAUCUAUUACUGUGGUUAUUUGUUUGUAUCUGCAGUGGUACAACCAUUUGCUGUAGAAAACACUGGAGAUAGUACCAUCUCCUUUCCCACAAGACACAUACGAGUGAUGCCUGACUAUAUCUAUUACUGUGGUUAUUUGUUUGUAUCUGCAGUGGUACAACCAUUUGCUGUAGAAAACACUGGAGAUAGUACCAUCUCCUUUCCCACAAGACACAUACGAGUAAUGCCUGACUAUAUCUAUUACUGUGGUUAUUUGUUUGUAUCUGCAGUGGUACAACCAUUUGCUGUAGAAAACACUGGAGAUAGUACCAUCUCCUUUCCCACAAGACACAUACGAGUAAUGCCUGACUAUAUCUAUUACUGUGGUUAUUUGUUUGUAUCUGCAGUGGUACAACCAUUUGCUGUAGAAAACACUGGAGAUAGUACCAUCUCCUUUCCCACAAGACACAUACGAGUAAUGCCUGACUAUAUCUAUUUCUGUGGUUAUUUGUUUGUAUCUGCAGUGGUACAACCAUUUGCUGUAGAAAACACUGGAGAUAGUACCAUCUCCUUUCCCACAAGACACAUACGAGUAAUGCCUGACUAUAUCUAUUUCUGUGGUUAUUUGUUUGUAUCUGCAGUGGUACAACCAUUUGCUGUAGAAAACACUGGAGAUAGUACCAUCUCCUUUCCCACAAGACACAUACGAGUGAUGCCUGACUAUAUCUAUUACUGUGGUUAUUUGUUUGUAUCUGCAGUGGUACAACCAUUUGCUGUAGAAAACACUGGAGAUAGUACCAUCUCCUUUCCCACAAGACACAUACGAGUGAUGCCUGACUAUAUCUAUUACUGUGGUUAUUUGUUUGUAUCUGCAGUGGUACAACCAUUUGCUGUAGAAAACACUGGAGAUAGUACCAUCUCCUUUCCCACAAGACACAUACGAGUAAUGCCUGACUAUAUCUAUUACUGUGGUUAUUUGUUUGUAUCUGCAGUGGUACAACCAUUUGCUGUAGAAAACACUGGAGAUAGUACCAUCUCCUUUCCCACAAGACACAUACGAGUGAUGCCUGACUAUAUCUAUUUCUGUGGUUAUUUGUUUGUAUCUGCAGUGGUACAACCAUUUGCUGUAGAAAACACUGGAGAUAGUACCAUCUCCUUUCCCACAAGACACAUACGAGUGAUGCCUGACUAUAUCUAUUUCUGUGGUUAUUUGUUUGUAUCUGCAGUGGUACAACCAUUUGCUGUAGAAAACACUGGAGAUAGUACCAUCUCCUUUCCCACAAGACACAUACGAGUAAUGCCUGACUAUAUCUAUUACUGUGGUUAUUUGUUUGUAUCUGCAGUGGUACAACCAUUUGCUGUAGAAAACACUGGAGAUAGUACCAUCUCCUUUCCCACAAGACACAUACAGUGA